UUCCCAAAAUCUCCACGAAAACUCGUCUUGCCUUGCCUUCGUUGACCUCCUAUACCCGCCACCAUCGAGUUUUGGCUCCGUUCUCUCCCUCUUUCUGGGUUGCCUUCUCUUUCUCACACUCUAAUUUUCGGCCGCCAUUGUUGUGAACUAUCGAUUCAGUUUACUUACCCCUAAAUCUUCCUACAAACUUCUACAUUUAGAAGUGUGGAAGACUCCGGCAGCUUUUGCCUUGUUGCUCUCAUCAGUCCAUCAGUUUGGGUCCAACUAGAGCUGUUCAAUCGAUUGCGGGAAAAUUACUCGUUGGUUUCUGUUGCCUCAAUUACUGAACUUCUGCUCCAUAUGCAUAUGCUUCUGGUAGGAUUACUUAUGCCAAUGAACUUCUGCUAAUUGAGAUUUCUCGAUACCACUUUUGAGCUCAGAAUCUAGGCGUAUUUUCAUUGCUCGUCCCUCCGGAGGAAGUUGAUUAACUGUUACUUCAUCCUUGAAGGCUUCCUCCGAAGCCUUGCUGUUCCCUCAGCACUGACAACAGAUACUUUUCUGAUUCUGUUGGCCAUGGAAGUGCUUGUUAGACGGUUGGCUUCUGCCGAUGCUGCUCGGUGCUUGUCUACUUCACUUGCCCGUUCCUCCCACAAGUGUAUUGGUGGCGGAGCACCAAAUUUUCGAACUCGAUUCACAUUUCGCAUCGGUAGCCUUUGCAGUUUCUCCGACUGCUCGACCCAGACAAGUGCUUGUUCUGUCACCUCUGUAGAAAAUGGUGCUGCGGUAAAUUGCCAUGGAUUUCGGACAUGGCAUAAUGGAGGCGGAACUUUUCACCAUUCUGCUUGCAUUGAUCCAACAGCACUCAUAGAAACUGGUGCCGUAAUUCACUCGAAGUCUGUCAUUGGUGCAAGUGUGCAUAUUGGAUCAGGAUCUGUUAUAGGACAUGCUGUUACAAUUGGUCAAUCAACAAAGAUUGGGUAUAAUGCUGCAGUUAGUAAUUGCACCGUCGGUGAUUUUUGCAUCAUACACAACGGAGUGUGCAUUGGUCAAGAUGGAUUUGGAUUUUUUGUGGACGAGCAGGGGACUGUGAAAAAGAAACCACAAAUUCUGAAUGUUAAGAUAGGAACCAACGUGGAGAUUGGUUCAAAUACAUGCAUUGAUAGGGGCAGUUGGAGAGAUACUGUCAUAGGAAAUAAUACCAAGAUUGAUAAUUUAGUUCAGAUUGGUCACAAUGUUAUCAUUGGAGAUUGCUGUAUGCUUUGUGGACAAGUGGGAAUUGCAGGAUCAGUGACGAUAGGGGACUAUGUAACAUUGGGUGGGAGAGUAGCUAUCCGUGAUCAUGUUUCAAUUGGGUCAAAAGUCCGACUUGCUGCCAUGAGUUGCGUCACCAAAGACAUUAAGGAACCUGGAGAUUAUGGUGGCUUUCCUGCUAUACCAAUUUUUGAAUGGAGAAGGCAAAUCGCUAAGCAUUCUCAGGCAUCAAGGAAGAAAUGAAACCAGAAAGUUCAAGCUUCUUUUGUCUGCUAUGGAUUGACAUCAUAUAAGUUUGGAGAUGAAGUUCAUGCAGUAGUGAAGGUGGUGCAUGCUCUAUAUGUACUCUCUAUCAUAAAGCUGGUUCAAAGACAAAUGCCGUAUCAUUGACUGGCAACAGCUUCUGGAUUACAUAAAGCUGGUUCAAAGACAAAUGCUUAACUGAGUUCGUUCUGGAAAUAUGCUGGAUUACAUAACCACUUAAAUCUGCAAAGAAUCUUGACUCGGAACUGGAACACAGUUGCGGAACCUACACCAGUUACAUAUUUUCUUGCACAACUCAAAAUAAUAAGUAAACAAACUAAAUCUAAACAGUUGCUCAUUUCUUGUAUAUAUGUUUUGGACUUGAUGCAGAAGACAGUAAUUCUUAGUCA